ACCUGGGAAAAAGAGGGGAAAAAGGGCUUUCCUUGUUGUAAUUUUGUGGUUUGGCUGCACAGAGGUGCUGGUGAGCAGCAGGGAGAGAUCCGUGGCAUCCAUAAGCUGUUCUUUCUGCCAAACACUCCCUGUCGUCAACUCAUUAUUUGGGACUCAGAGGUCAUGAGUCAGGAAGAGGAACUUCUUUUCCCUCUUCUCUCUUUAGCAGAAAACUCAUGAAGACCUUGAAACUCCUUUUGGAGUGACUCAGGUUUCAGAGGGGUGUUGCAAAUCUGCAUUUCACACAGAAAACAGACUGAAAUUCCCCUUUCUCCGCCCCUCCUUCCUUUUACAUCCUUUACGAGUCUGCACUUUUCAAACAAGACCUCCCAGUUCAGAUAGUAAAAGCUAAUCAAGAAGAAAACUCCCAGCUGCUGCCAAAAGAAAAAAAAUAAUCAAUGAAGUGAAAGUAACAGUGUCAUUCUUCUUCAGCCAUGGCUGAAUGUGACCCACUGGAAAGUCUGCAGAAAGAAGCAUCUUGCUCUAUCUGCCUGGAUUAUUUCCGUGACCCUGUGUCCAUCAACUGUGGACACAGCUUCUGCCGGGACUGCAUCACGCGAUGCUCAGGAAAAUCAGACCGGCGCUUCACCUGCCCCCAGUGCCGAGGAAUUGCCCAGAAAAGAAAAUUUAGACCAAACCGUGAGCUGAGGAACCUGGCAGAAAUUGCCAAGAAGCUGAGCUCGCGGGCAGGGUACGUGGCCGGAGCAGGCAGCCUGUGCCAGAAGCAUCAGGAACCCCUCAAGCUCUUCUGCCAGGAGGACCGGGUGGCCAUCUGCGUGGUGUGCGACCGCUCCCACGCUCACCGCGCUCACACCGUCGCACCCAUCGAAGAAGCUGCCCAGGAGUGCAAAGAGCAAAUCCAAAGCAAACUGAAGAGCCUCAAGGAUGAAAGAGAAAGGCUUCAAGGAUUAAAACUGACCAGGGAGAAGAGAAGCCAGAAGUAUCUGCAGGCAAGAGCCGAGAGGUGGAAAAUCAUGUUGGUGUUUAAGCAGCUGCACCAGUUCCAGGAUGAGCAGGAGCAUCUCCUCCUGAUGUGGCUGGAAGAUGUGGAGAAGCAGAUAGUGCAGACCCAGGUGGAGAAUGACAGGAAAAUCUCCAUGGAGAUCUCCCACCUGGGCAACCUCAUCCAUGAGCUGGAGGGUCUGAGCCCACAGCCAGAGAACAAAUCCCUGCAGGAUGCCAGGAGUGCCUUGACCAGGUGUGAAGCAAGGAUUUCCCAGCAACUGACAGAGAAGUUUCCCAGAGUGGAAAAGAGACUCAAGGAUUUAUCUCAGAAAAACCUUGUUCUGAAGGAAGCCCUGAGGAAAUUCAAAGAGAGCCUCCCAGUUGAACUGGAUGUGCAAUGGGCGAACGUGACUCUGGAUCCAGACACAGCAAACCCCCACCUCAUUCUCUCCGAGGACCGGAGGAGUGUGAGGUGGGAUGAAACACCCCAGAAUUUGCCCAACAAUCCCCAGAGAUUUGAUACCUACUGCUCCGUCUUGGGUUGCGAAGGCUUCCUGGUGGGGAGGCACUACUGGGAAGUGCAGCUGGGGAGCAGGGGAUUUUGGGCUGUGGGGGUGGCCAGAGACUCGGCGUGGAGAAAGGGUUGGAUUAAUCUUGACCCUUCCCAGGGGAUAUGGGCUGUUGGCAUCUGUGGGGACAAGUUUCAAGCUUUCACCUCUUUUGAAACUGUUCAGCCUCUGAAUGGGAGACCAAGGACUAUCCGGGUCUCUCUCGAUUACGAGAAGGGACACGUGGCUUUCUUUGAUGCUGAUAACGAGACCUUGGCUUUUGCUUUUCCUCUGACUUCUUUCAAUGGAGAGAAAAUCCUGCCUUUCUUCUGGGUUUGGGAGUCCAGCAUCCAGCUGGCUCCCUAAGACAGCAUGGGCAGCAAGAUGGACAUCACAUGCUCUGGACAAGCCUUUGGUUUGAUCCAGGAAACCACACCAUUUUUUUGGGACUCUGUGGAUGGUAAAGAAUAAAGCAGAGCAAAUGAGUCCCGGUGUCCACUUGGAAUCUCAUUCCCAUGGGGUUUUCAAGAGCAGCAGACUAAGAAGGGACCAUCUUGGGCAGACCUCUGGAUUUGUUAACACUUGGGUACUCUCCAAGAUUUUGCUGGGGAAUAUCACCCUGGGACAAGCAGGGAAAUGAAGCCUAUAAUUUGUGCAACAGCCCCUGGGACACCAAUUUCACAGCUUUAAAUCUCUUCUACUCUUCUCCCAUCCUUUCCCAUCUUUCCUUACCCUGACGUUCAAUGGUGUUGCCUGUUGACAUUCAGUAAUGAUGUUCCUGUGGGGCUGAAGAAGCUGACUUUGGUUCCUGGUUUAGUUACUAGAAAGGAAAAGAGUAUAUCAGUGAAUUAAGUGUAAUAUGUGCUGUUUUCUCACCAAGACCUCUUAGGAGCCAAAAACCUGACAGUAUUGGCAAGAACAUACACAUUUUAAGGCUUUGGUGUUGAACCCUAUGGCUUUCAGCCGUGUUUCUCAGUUGUGGGGUGGGAGAAAUCAGAGGGUGGAGGAAUAAAGAUGAACAGAAAGAGCUUGAACUCUACCUUUCUGCAAUUUAUAUAUAUACAUUUGGGACAGGAAGCUUAGUAAGCAGGUUUAUAUACAUUUUUAUACGCAGAAUGACUGUAUUAAAGAUUCUUUCUGUAUUUCAA